UACUCAAUCGCACGUCGUUGCAUGCGGUCUUCUGCCAUCCGACUGUUGAGCUAUCAGUACCGGACCGGGCGCACUUUCAUAGCCCUCUCGAUGUUCCUUUCGAUGGCGUCAUUCGGGAUCUACGUCUCCGAGGCGACUCAGUGGCCCAACGAAAUUGAGAAGUGCGGUCACAAGGGACGGAAGCACCGACUGUUGGAUUUCAUCUUCAACAUCUUCUUCCUCGUCCACUUCCUCACGCGCUGGGCAGCAGCGGACAACAAACUGGCCUUCUGGAUAGAGCCGUUCUCCCUGCUCGACUACUGCACUGUCCCACCGACGUUGCUGGCGUUCGCGCUGAAACGCUCCUGGAUGGGCCUGCGAUUCAUGCGAACCUUUAGGCUCUUCAACCUGGCGGAGGUUCUUCACAACCUCAACAUCAUCAAGUCAGCCUCGGCUCUGCGCUUCUGCCAGCUCUGCUCUUUCUUCUUCGCAAUCUGGUUGGCUGGUGCCGGGAUGAUCUACUUGCUGGAGAACACAGGUGAUCCCUUCUAUGUACCGCCCUACGGAAACGCCGUUCGCCUGAGCUACGGCCACUGCCUCUACUUCGCGAUCGUGACGAUGUCUACAGUCGGCUACGGUGAUAUUACACCUCAGACGGUGCUUGGCCGGAUAUUCACGUCGUUCUUCAUACUGUGCGCGCUGGCCGCCUUCGCCUCGUGCAUUCCGGAAAUCGUGGAGAUGUUCCUUUCCACCAGCAAGUACUCUGGCACGUACGCUUCACGGCCCGGACGCAGACACGUGGUGGUGUGUGGUGACGUGACCACCGAGUCGGUGAAACACUUCCUCGACGAUUUCCUCCAUCCCGACAGGCGUCGGACGGACGUGGAAGUGGUAUUCAUGAACAGAUCCAAACCGGACUUGAGAUUGCAGAGCCUGCUAAGGCGGCAUUUCACACGAGUGAAGUACUUGGAAGUAAGCGAUUAUUGGUUUCUCUCUGGUACAUUCAUGCAAAAUUCUAGAAGUAGAAGACAAUGCCAUUGUGAGUAA